CAGUCUCCUUAGAGGAGGACCACCAACAUUACACCAUCAGUGGGUCCUCAUAGAGGCGACUGAGGGCCGUCGGUGCGGGACGAGAUGCUGCAGCCUCCCUGCUGUAACCGUCACAGCUCCACAUGGCUCUGGUGUCUUCUAAUGAUCCUGACGACUCUUCCCUCUGUAUUCGGGGGUUACCAAACAGAACCGUGUGGUGGACGGGACUGUUCCACCUGCCAGUGUUUCCCCGCCAAAGGAGUGAGGGGGGCUCCAGGGGUUCUGGGAUUACAAGGCCAACAGGGGAUGCUGGGCUUCCCUGGCCCUCAGGGGCCUCCAGGGGAGAAGGGCCACAGGGGAGCUGAGGGAUGGACUGGAGCACAUGGACCCAAAGGAGAUGUGGGAUAUGCAGGGGUCGUUGGUUUUCCAGGGUUAGAGGGUGUUCCGGGUCAUCCAGGUCCAGCUGGAGGUCCUGGUUGUCCUGGUUUGGAUGGAUGUAAUGGAACAAGAGGACAGAAAGGAGAGUCUGGUCUUCCUGGGGAACAAGGCCUCUAUGGAGAACCGGGUUUACCAGGACCAAAGGGUUUUCCAGGAGAUCGAAGCGAUUGCUGUGUACCUUACCCUGGACUACCUGGGGACGUCGGGUGUGUUGGUCCACCUGGACUGCAGGGCAAACAAGGACGUCCCGGCCUCAUUGGUUGUGUGGGUCCACCAGGAUUGGACGGGGUCAAUGGUCUCCCUGGUCUGCCUGGUGUCAGGGGUCCACCUGGACAAAGCGGUCGAUCUGUGCCUGGAGCAAAAGGAGAGGAGGGGGAUCUUGGUUUUCAGGGGCCACCAGGACCAUUUGAGAUAGUGGACCCUCCUGAAGAUUUUUACAUCAAAGGAGAACAGGGUUCUCCUGGUCUUAAAGGAGUAGAGGGAGCAGCAGGACUACCGGGUCAGAAUUCAAGACCAGGAAUCAAAGGAGAGAAAGGAAUUCUGGGAUUUCCUGGGAACAGGGGAUUGUUUGGGUAUGAUGGUCCACCUGGAGAGAAGGGAAUUAAAGGGUUCCAAGGGAGUCCUGGUCUGCCUGGACUAAUUGGCCAAGAAGGUCCAAAGGGAAUUAUGGGAGAUCUGGGUCCUAAAGGCCUCCCUCAAGAUUCAGACCUCACACACACAGGUGUAAAUGGUGACCUUGGGCCACCUGGACUCACUGGACCUCCAGGAGAAAGGGGAACGAUGGGAAUGCAUGGACCUCCAGGGGUCCCUGGCAGAUCUAUACCUGGUCCACCAGGCUUUGUGGGCCAGAGUGGAGGUCCAGGAUCCAAGGGGGAAAAAGGAGAUCCAGGUCUAAUGUAUAAAUACGGACCUGUGCUUGGAGAACCUGGUAAACCUGGACGUCCUGGACCCAUAGGACCAAAGGGAGAACCAGGAACACCAGGUCAUUACUGUCUCCCUGGAGCCAAUGGAGAACCUGGAGAACCGGGUCAUCAAGGACCUCCUGGGGCUCUGGGCUUCACAGGAUUAAAAGGUGCUCGUGGAGAUUGUUCUUGUGGCCCUACUAUUUCAAUCAUGGGCCCCCCUGGUCUGUCAGGAGAUCCAGGCCUUCCAGGGUUGCCUGGAGUCCCGGGGGCAACUGGGCAAAAUGGAGAAGAAGGUUCACCUGGUGAUGCUGGAGAACAUGGAGAGCAGGGCCUGGGAGGGUUUUCAGGUGUGAAAGGGUUCAAAGGUCAAAAGGGAGGCUUCAGGGUGGUCAGUUUUACAGGUGAGAAGGGAAACAGGGGCAAACAAGGCCCUCCGGGUAAUCCAGGGUUUUCUGGGAGGAUGGGACUUCCUGGGCUCCGCGGCCCUCCUGGAGACCUUGGUUCACGAGGUGACAGCUUCACUAGUUUUCCUGGAGACAGAGGUUAUCCUGGAUUUCCUGGAUCUAAGGGAUUACCAGGAGCUCCAGGCUCCCCUGGAGCUGAUUUUAUUGGUGCUGUGGGACAGCGUGGGCCCCCUGGUGAGCCGGGACCUACAGGAAUCCCGGGUUUCCCAGGACCAAAGGGUGUUAUUGGUGACACUCCUGCAAGUGUUCCCUUACUCCCCGGGCCCACAGGAAAGAGGGGGGACAAUGGAAACACAGGUUAUCCAGGACUUCCAGGACCUACUGGAUUCCGUGGCAUCACAGGACGUGAUGGUAUUAAGGGAGAACAGGGGCGACCUGGUCUUCCUGGACUGCCUGGACGACAAGGACCUCCUGGCCUGGUUGGAGAUACUGGAGAAGAAGGACCUGAAGGCUUCAGUUAUGAUGGAGAUCCAGGGUUACCAGGAACCACUGGUGUUCCUGGACUUAGGGGUCCAGCAGGAGACUCUGAUGCUGGUCCCGUAGGACCCAAUGGUUUUCCAGGGCCACAGGGCUCUCCAGGACCUAAAGGGGUCCCCGGAGCCCCUGGUAUUAAUGGACAACAAGGAGUUCCAGGUCUGCCUGGGAUACCUGGACCAGAGGGCUGGAGAGGAACUGAUGGAGCACCAGGGGUAACUGGUCCUCCAGGUCCCUCACCUACAUACUGUGAUGUAGGAAGACCAGGAGCUAGAGGUGAUGUUGGUCAUCAGGGGACCGUUGGACCUCAGGGAUAUCAGGGAGAAAAGGGUGAGUUUGGAGAUGUGGGUCUUCCAGGUUUUGGACUUGCAGGUCCUGCAGGUAAAUCAGGUCCUCCAGGUUUGCCAGGGGUUCUGGGACUCCAAGGCCCUGCUGGUCCCACUGGAAGGGUUGCGGGUAGUUUUGGGCAGUCAGGUGUGUUGGGUCCCCAAGGCAAGUAUGGUGGGCCAGGGCCUCCAGGUCAGACUGGACCCCCUGGACAUCCAGGCACAACAGGAGAAAGAGGAUUUAAUGGACGAGAUGGAGCUCCUGGGUGUCAGGGGCCAAAAGGAGUGAAAGGUAGUCGAGGUUGUCCAGGGCCUCCAGGAGAGACCACGUACAUCCUUAUCAAAGGACAGGAAGGAAAACAAGGAGCCGUUGGUGUUAGCGGCUUCCCUGGAGCACGAGGAAACAAAGGUGUGCAAGGACCAAAAGGUAGCCUAGGUUACCCAGGAACCUGUGGUCCCCAAGGCAUCAUAGGGAACCCAGGAUCACCAGGACACUGUGGUAUACCAGGACCACCAGGAUUCCCUGGAUGCAGAGGAUCUCCAGGACUCAUCGGCUUUCCUGGGGAGACAGGAGAUCCGGGUGACAUCGGGUUCCCAGGAAAAUGUGGAGAACCUGGUCGUUAUGGAUGUACUGGUCAGAAAGGUGAUAAAGGAGACUCUGUUGGUUGUCCUGGUGUACCUGGAGACAAGGGACCUGCUGGAGACUGUGGACCCACAGGGCCUCCUGGACCAUGUGGAAAUCCUGGACUACCUGGUUUCAUUGGAGCGCCAGGACCAAAAGGAUCUAAAGGAGACCAGGGUCACCACGGAGAACUGGGAUCUCCAGGUGUUAUUGGCCCUGCUGGUCCAAGAGGUCGGUCAGGCUGUCCUGGUCAACCUGGCAAUGUUGGAAGUGAUGGUCCUCCAGGACCACAGGGCUGUGCAGGGCUCCAAGGUCCUCCAGGGCCUCCAGGACUUCAUGGACUGGAUGGACUGAAAGGAGUGAAGGGAGACGUGGGGACUAGAGGCCUGGCUGAACCCGGCCCCCCAGGUUUUAGAGGUCUUCCAGGAGAUAAAGGUCCUCACGGUCCUCCAGGAUAUUGUGGUCCAAAUCAGCCUGGAGAACCAGGACUAAGAGGACCCCCAGGACCCAAAGGAACUCCAGGGAUUAGCGGACCCUGUGGUGACAAUGGACCAGCAUGUCAAAACCCAAUUCCUGGCCCUCCUGGAGACUGUGGUGUUCCAGGUCCAGAUGGAGAUCCUGGAUGUCCUGGGAUCAUGGGAGAUCCUGGUCCGAACCGUCCACUACCUGGGGAUGAUGGAGACAAUGGAAACAUGGGCUGCCAAGGGCCACCAGGGCCCAAAGGACUGCCAGGAUUGAAUGGUCUGCCUGGAAUCCCUGGAUAUCCUGGAGUCAAAGGUGAGAAGGGCUCACAUGGAAUGAUAGGUGUGCCUGGUCCACGGGGUCCAAAAGGUUGUAAUGGUUCACCCGGGCCUUCAGGGCCAAAAGGACUUAGUGGAGAAAUGGGUCCAAAGGGAGAACGUGGAGGAGUUCACAGCUGUGCCCCUUACCUACCCCCACAACGAGGGCCCGCAGGUCCUCCAGGCUCCCCUGGUGCACCCGGAGAGGCUGGUGUCCGUGGAGAAGAUGGUCAGAAAGGACUUCAAGGUAUGAGGGGAGAUCCUGGAUCUGAAGGACUGAGAGGAUUUGUGGGAUCUCAAGGUUCAGAUGGAAACCCAGGUGUGCCAGGGUUGCAGGGGAUGAUGGGAGAUAUUGGACCCAAAGGUAACCCUGGUCCAGCUGGAGACCCUGGUCCUCCUGGACAGUCUAGGCAGGUGAACUCAGGAUACCUGUUGGUGAGACACAGCCAGUCGGGUCAGAUUCCCAGCUGUCCGUUGAACAUGAGGGUCCUGUGGAGGGGCUACAGUCUGCUGUACCUGGAGGGGCAGGAGAAGGCCCACACUCAGGACCUGGGUCAGGCAGGCUCGUGCAUUCGCGUCUUCUCCACCAUGCCCUUCACCUCCUGUAACAAACGCGCUUGCUCUUAUGCGAGUCGAAACGACAAAUCUUAUUGGCUGUCGACGACGGCACCUCGUCCCAACGUCCCCUUUGCUGGGCCUUCCAUUGAAGAGCACAUCAGCCGCUGUGUGGUAUGUGAAGCCCUGUCCACUCCUGUCGCUCUUCACAGCCAGACGUCCGAAGAACCAAAGUGCCCCCCGAAGUGGACCAGCCUGUGGACAGGAUACUCCUUCAUCAUGCAUACAGGUUCAGGUGAUGAGGGCGGCGGCCAGUCCCUGACAUCAUCGGGCAGCUGUCUCACAGACUUCAGGUCUCACCCGUUUGUGGAGUGUCAGGGACCACGGGGAACCUGCCACUACUUUACUAACAUCUACAGCUUCUGGCUGACCAGAGUGGACACGAGCACCACCAUGAUGACUGACGAGCAACAGCAGAUAGACAACAUUGGGAGGUGCAGCGUCUGCAUAAGAGCUUAAAGGGAAUGGACACCAGCAGCGCCUCCUUCUGCAGGAGUUUGAACUGAACUACAGCAGGAGGUGAAUUAAAGCUUCACCUGAUGUUCACUUGAUGGCUGCAGGAUGCUCUCUCACCAACAGGGGGCAGCAGCAGGUACAGCAUCUAGUAGAUAUAGGCCCCACCUCCAGAUAUGCACUGGCAUCACAUACUGAUUGGUCCAUGACCAACGACCACAGGUCAGGGGUCAGUAUUAUUUGAUCAGACCAACAGAGGGAACUGUGGGACGACUGUUCUUUUUCUCCUGAACUAAACCUGUAAUCAACUGUAGAGCUGUGCCAAAGUUACUGGGUCUCUUCAGGAUUUGAAACAGAACAAGAUCACAACCAGGAUUGGAAGCAGGACCGGACCCAGGACCAGGACCAGAACCAGGAGGAGUUCUAAUCAGAAGAUAUUUUUCAUUCCAUUUAGUGAAGAACUUUCUUCAGUUUUUCCAUUUUAUAUUCAAUCCAUUUUUUAUAAUUGAAAAAAAAAUCCUUAAUAAUAAAAUGCAAAUGAUCAGUAUUUAGUGUUUUAAUUAUUUAUAAAUUUAAUACAGCAAAUAUUUAUUUUACAUUUUCAUUCAUUUUUGAAAAAGUAUCUCUGGAAAUCUUUGUUUUCUCUCUCUGUUUUUAUUUUCCAAUCCCAUGUCUUCUCCUGGUCUCUGGCUCCAGUCCAGAUUAUUGUCCUUAUCCAUAGUUAAAAAGUACUCUCUCUGGCUCUGACUUGUAAAUAUGUUUGAACCACUGACUGCAUGUAAGUAAUGAACCGAACCAAACUUAGUCCCCAGUAGUAAAACAUGUCCGCUGCAGCACCCUGUACUCCUGCUGUUAAUUACUUCAUUAAUUUAACAGGGGUCCUGCACCACAUGAUGAGUCAGAUCACAUGUAUUGAAGUAUUGAUUUUACAAUGUGACUAGAAAGACCUGGCAUUAGUGAUUAAGAGCACGUUUCAGGUGAAAGAAGCCAUGUGAGAAGUUGUUAGUUGUUAGAAAACAAAUCACAGGAGAAUUCUGUCAGAGAGUUCCUGGUUCCUGUCUUCUGUGCAGUCUUUUGUUUGAACUCAUUCUUUUUAUAAUCCUUUGUAAAUGUUGUCAAAGUAUUUAUUUAGCCAAAAUUUCAUUUGGUGCUAAUUGUUUUCAUCUUGGUUAGUCAUGAUGAGGUAAAUAAAAUGUCUUCUCUGUUCCCAUGGUGCUUAGCAGUAAAUAAAAAAAUAAAACAACAUUAUUGCAAUUAAAUAAAGUGAGAAAUGAAUGUGGGCGGAGCAUAAUAUUAGCUGGUGAUGAUGAAGAGGAGGAGGAGAAAGUGUGUAAUCAGUCUGUUAAAUCUCUAUUAUCUUAACAUUGUAGUAAAACAAAUAAAAACACACACGCACUAACAUUUUUCUCUGUGGGAAAACAACCUCAAUAAAACACUAUAGACUUUCUUUACUCUGUGUCUAAGCGUGUGUUGAAGCAAACAACACUGAAACAUUAAUAAAAUAAUACAUUUAAAAAAC